CCAUAUCUCUCCCCCCCAACACCAAUCUCAUCUCCAGAACCCUAGCUUUCAAUUCUAUUUCCUUCCAUAUCGCCAUUUUCUACCUCAACAAGAUCCUAUCCCCUCUUUCGUCUCUCUCUCUCUCUCUCUCCGUCUAUUCCGCACUCUAAAGCUAAUUUAAGGCUAGCUUUGCCAUGAGGAAGGGAGCCAAGAGAAAGGCGAGCAAAAAGGAGGAGCAGAAGCCUACAGAAAAGAUCCCAAAUAACGAUGCAAGAAAAUCUACCGAGGAGAAGACAAGCAAAGCUGGCGGAAGGCCUAAGCGGAUUAAGGCUUCAAAGCCUGAAUCUGAGCCCGAGUUCUUCCCGGACAAGCGUAAUUUGGAAGACCUAUGGAAGCAGGUUUUUCCUGUUGGUACAGAGUGGGAUCAGUUGGACCAUGUUUAUCAGUACAAUUGGAAUUUCUCCAACCUAGAAGGUGCAUUUGAAGAGGGUGGAGAACUCUAUGGGAAGAAAGUCUACCUUUUUGGUUGUACUGAGCCUCAGUUGGUCUUUUUCAAGGAUGAAGGAAAAGUAACCUGCAUUCCUGUUGUGGUAGCUGUUGUCUCUCCUUUUCCACCUUCUGAUAAGAUUGGGAUUAACUCAGUCCAGAGGGAGGCUGAGGAAAUUGUUCCCAUGAAGCAGAUGAAGAUGGACUGGGUUCCUUACAUCCCAUUGGAAAAUAGGGACUCUCAAGUAGAAAGACUUAAAUCCCAAAUUUUUAUCCUUAGCUGUACACAGAGAAGAGCUGGUUUAAGGCAUAUGAAGAUAGAACGUGUCAAGAAAUUUGAGUACUGCUUACCUUAUUUCUAUCAUCCCUUUCAAGAAGAUGAACUUGAACAGAGCACUAUUGUCCAAAUCAUAUUUCCAGCUGAACCAAAGCCGGUGUUCUGUGAGUUCGAUUGGGAGCUUGAUGAAUUAGAGGAAUUUACUGUUAAGCUUAUUGAGGAGGAAGAGUUGUCUGAAGAUCAGAAGAAUGCUUUUAAGGAUUUUGUGAAGGAAAAGGUUCGCGAAGGGAAAAAAGCUAAUCGUGAGGCAAGGGAAGCUCGGAAGAAAGCAUUAGAAGAAAUGAAUGAGGAAACAAAAGCUGCAUUUCUGAAUAUGAGAUUUUACAAGUUCUAUCCAGUGGCAACACCUGAUACUCCUGAUGUGUCGAAUGUAAAGUCUCCAUUUAUCAACAGAUACUACGGGAAGGCUCAUACAGUUCUGUGAUCAGAGGCUUAGGACAAGUUGUAUCCUGUGCUGUGCUAUAGGACAUGCUCAAAUGCUCAUUUGGGCUCGUCGAAAGCUGGCUAGGCCUCAGAUCAGAGAUUUAGCUCGGCGAUGGAAAUUGGCCGGACUUAUUUUUGAAUGCCAUCUUGUAGUUUUGUUAUCUUGCAAAAAAGAGAGACAGGAAAACUAAAACUAGGUCUUCUUAUUUCUAUGGGCGGCUAUGUUCAUAGGAAGCAAGGCAGGCUGUGAGGCACACAGAUCAGGUACUGUUUAUGGGCUUCCUUAGAUGGAAAUUCUCGGUAUUAGUUGAUGCAACGCCUGCGCUCGUUUGUAGUCAGUCUUCUUUCUGCCUUGGGAAAAACAGGCCUUACGUAAUUCCGGCAUUUCAAUUGAAUAAAAUGGUGCAUCUCAUAUUUUAAUUUA